GUCACCGCCUAGCCCCGCCCAUCCCGGCGCAGCGGCGAUGACGCGCGUGAGAGGCGCGCGGGGCCCGGCAUGAGGACUUUGUGGAGAUUGGGAUACUGUGCCAGACUACUGAAAACUAAUCAUUUAAGAACAGCUGCAUCAAAUCCAUCAUUUCCAGCAGUUUGGAUGCUAUUGGCACAACAUUCUGGCACAAUACCUGGGCUCUUUGUAGUAGUUCAAAAAAACACUUUGUUCACAAUGCCCGAAACCGUGGAGGAUAAAACUGAUCCAGAACUGUAUCUGCCACAUCCUGGAGUGCGUGGGAUGACACUGCUCAACAGAGAGGCUUUCAGAAGGACUCUGGUUGUUCCAGCUCUUAAAGUCAGGAAGGAAAUUGUGCACAGAGUGGUGAAAUCCCUGAAACAAUCAGUGCUGCAGCGCCCCGGCCUCAAGCGCGUGGUGGAGGACCCAGAGGAUGAGGACAGCAGAUUUGUUAUCCUGGAUCCCCAUAAAGUGCCAGAAUUCUCAUUAGGGGAGGCAGAGCAGCAGGUGCUGAAGGAGCUCAGUGUCCCUGCUGAGGUGUGCAAGCACCAGCUGGAGCUGGGCUAUGAGAAUUUCAAGGCGGAGGAGAUCCUGAGGGCCGUCCUUCCCCAGGGCCAGGAGGUCACCUCUGGCUUCAGCCGUGUGGGCCACAUUGCUCACUUGAACCUCAGGGACCACCAGCUGCCCUACAGACACCUCAUUGGCCAGGUGAUAAUGGACAAGAAUCCAGGAGUCACCUGUGUAGUGAAUAAAACCAACAUUAUUGGCAGCACAUACAGGAAUUUUGAAAUGGAAGUGCUUGCUGGAGAGAGCAACCUGGUGACCAAGGUCAAAGAAAAUAACAUUUCCUACGAGCUGGAUUUCUCCAAGGUGUACUGGAACCCGCGGCUGUCCACGGAGCACGGCCGCAUCGUGGCGCUGCUCCGGGCCGGGGAUGUUCUGUUCGAUGUCUUUGCCGGCGUCGGCCCUUUCGCCAUCCCGGCGGCCAAGAGGAGGUGCCGAGUGUUCGCCAACGACCUCAACCCCGCCUCCUACUCCUGGCUGCUGCACAACUGCCGGCUCAACAAAGUGCACGGCCAGGUGAAGGCGUUCAACAUGGACGGCAGGGCCUUCCUGCGGGGGCCGGUGAGGGAGGAGCUCAGCAAGGAGCUCCCGCUGCCGGGGGAGGAGCGCCAAACCGCGUUCCACAUCGUGAUGAAUCUGCCGGCCCUGGCUGUGGAGUUCCUGGAUGUCUUCAGGCACCUCUUGGUGGGGGAGCCCUGCAGCCCCGCUGGCCUCCCCACCGUGCACUGCUACGGCUUCUCCAAGCACAGCGACCCGGCCAGGGACAUUCAGGAGAGGGCAGAGGCCGUGCUGGGAACCUCCUUGGCCGGGCGCUGCUCCGCUGUCCUGGUCAGGAACGUGGCACCCAACAAGGAGAUGCUGUGCCUCAGCUUCCAGCUCCCAGCAGACGUGCUCUACAAGAGGCCCUGCCCUGAGGAGGCAAAACCAGCCUCAAAACGUCUCUGUACCAGCCAAGAUUCUUCAGAAGAGAAGGCAUUGAGUUGAAGACUAUGGUGACUGCCUCAGUUUGUGUAAGGAUAUUUGGGGUGUCUCUGGUUUACCCCUUGAGUUAUGAGGAGCAGAAUUGUGUUCCCAUUGAGUUACACCUUUAUUUUGGGAGCCCUGCUUCCUGCAGUCACCUUUUCUUCUCAUUGUGGGACUGACUGAAAUUGCUACUACAAAAAAUUAAAGCUUUAUUCUCUUAUAAUCAAUGUGUUUUGGUACUUCCCUGCUCUCUAUUGUUUCACACCCUGUGCUAACUCAGUGGCAGGGCCUGGGGUGGUUUUCUGCUGUAGCAUUUUGAUGAUGUGCAGAUUGUGGGGAGAACAGACUCUUGUGUCUUGUCAGGUCUGGGAAGGUGAGUGAUGCAACCCCUGCCCUGGAUUCUCCCUGACAGAUGUGUUCUGCUUUCAGAAUUUGGGUUAUGCUUAGCAGAUGCACAAACAGCUCUUGUGUAAGCAAGGUAACCUUUCAAAAGCUUAACCUGAGAUACCAAAAGGGCCUGAUAGCCCAACAUCCUGAGGUUUUGAGUAAAAAAUUCAUUUUAACACCAAGAUUUAGUUAGGGAUUAGUUGACUCCUGACUCUGUGUUUGCCCAUGGUUAGAGCCAGAAAAACUUUAAUGUCUUUUGCAUGUUUGCAGAUGAAGUUCAUGCUCUCAUUGCAGUUCCAGGCUGAAACCAGCACCUGAAAAACAGUUCUGUCCUCCUGACACCACGUCCUCCUGUGGCUUCUGUGCCUCUGCCCUCUCCAGCUCUCCCCACCUCUGCCUGCUCCCCUCCCUGGAUGAUCUUUCUGCCUGGCUGCUUGUAUUCUGCAGGGAUUUGAAAAGCCUCUGCCUUUGAUUUCCUUUUCUUACCCAUCCAAACUAUUGUUGGGCAAUGUCAACCACAAACAGUUUCUUUGGCCGGAGCGCUCGGCUCGCCCUCUCCGUUUCAGCGAUGUUCCCUCAGCCCAGGCCCUGAGCUCACACCCAGCCACCAGAUGUGUGUCACCCUCGUGGCCCUGCUGCUGUGGCCCCAGCCCUGAGCCUGCAGCCUGCUGCAUGUUUGGUUCUCACCCAAACACCACCAAGGGCCACGGGUUUGUUUUGCUGGUGUCUCUGUGUGCCGGCCUUUCCUUCCCUUGGCUGCACAGCUGUGUUGGGAGCGAGCCCUCGAGCUGGGUUCCUG